UCACUUCCUCCACGUCGAUUUUUUUUCUCUCUUUCUGUGAUGUACUUUAACCUCCACCCUCUCCUCUCAAGUCCUCAUUCUGGUGGCAGGGUGUUUGGUGCUCCGCCGGAAACUCUUUGAGCUGAAUUUUUUGCGCUCCCCCACCUGCACAACUCCCAGUUCACCAUGUCCAGGCAGGUCGUGAGGAGCAGUAAGUUCCGCCACGUGUUUGGCCAGCCGGUGAAGAAUGACCAAUGCUACGACGACAUCCGCAUCUCCCAGAUGACCUGGGACAGCUGCUUCUGCUCGGCCAACCCCAAGUUCGUGGCCAUGAUCGUGGACGCCAGCGGCGGCGGGGCCUUCAUGGUGCUGCCCCUGAGCAAGACCGGGCGUAUCGACAUGUCCUACCCCACCGUGUGCGGCCACACAGGUCCGGUGCUGGACAUCGAGUUCUGUCCUCACAACGACAACAUCAUCGCCAGCGGCUCUGAGGACUGCAGUGUCAUGAUCUGGGAGAUCCCGGAUGGCGGCCUGACGUCCCCCCUCACAGAGCCCGUCGUCAAGCUGGAAGGCCACUCCAAACGGGUCGGCAUCCUGAGCUGGCACCCCACCGCCCACAAUGUGCUGAUGAGCGCAGGCUGUGACAACGUGGUGAUCCUGUGGAACGUGGCGCGCGGGGAGGCGGUGGUGAGGAUGGACAGCGUGCACACCGACCACAUCUACAGCGCCUGCUGGAACAGGGACGGCUCCAGGAUUCUCACCUCCUGCAAGGACAAGACCAUGCGGGUGCUGGACCCGCGCAAGGGCACCGUCCUCUACGAGAAGGAGAAGCCCCACGAGGGCUCCAGGCCCGUCAGGGCCGUGUUCGUGUCCGACGGGAAGAUCCUCAGUACGGGCUUCAGCCGCAUGAGCGAGAGGCAGGUGGCACUGUGGGACCCGAAGGACUUUAAAGAGCCGCUGAACCUGGAGGAGCUGGACACCAGCAGCGGCGUCCUCAUGCCGUUUUUCGACCCGGACACCGGCGUCGUCUACCUCUGCGGCAAGGGCGACAGCAGCAUCCGUUACUUCGAGGUGACGGACGAGGCUCCCUACGUCCACUUCCUGUCCAUGUACAGCAGCAAGGACAGCCAGAAGGGAAUCUGUUGGAUGCCCAAGAGAGGCCUGGAGGUCAACAAAUGUGAAAUUGCCAGGUUCUACAAACUCCACGAGAGGAAAUGCGAGCCCAUAGUCAUGACGGUGCCUCGCAAGUCUGAUCUGUUCCAGGAGGACCUGUACCCGGACACCAUCGGCCCCGAGCCCUCGGUCGAAGCCGACGAGUGGUUUCAGGGAACGGACGGCGAGCCCAUCCUGAUUUCCCUGAAGGAAGGGUUCGCGACGACCACCAAAUCCAAGCAGUUCAAAGUCAUCAAGAGUCUCCUGAAGACCACGUCCGCGUCCGUCGGCAGUCAGCCGGACAUCUGUGGGGAGGUCCAGUCCUUGAGGAGGGAGAUGAAGGACCUCAAAGCAGCGAUGGAGGAGCUGGUGAAGCGCGUGAGCGAGCUGGAGAGCAAACAUUAAACCAGAGGAGCUUGACAAACGAGAAAAAUAAAUAAAUCAGGAGCAGAAGUCGAGAGAAGCGGGAGGAACUGAGGACAGACAUCGACUGCUGUGACCUUCUGAUCGCAGUGACACAAAGGGAGCUGGUUGAAGCAGCGGCUGUUAUCAAACCUUUUUUUUUUUUUCCAGAGCUUGAAUUUGUUUAUUUUGUUUGAUCAAAGUUUUUUUUUUAAUUCGUAUUUUUAAUAUAUGUUUUUCCGUUUUGAAAUAAAGUCUUCUGUAUUUUGAAAAUA